CUUAGAUAUGAAGGUCACAAGUAAACCCCGAUUAAUAUGACUUGGUCGUUAUGGUACUUUCAAAGGAAUAGGGAGCGAUUCAAACAUUUGCUAGAUAAACUGAUACGAAACUCUGUCUCAAGGUAUUUUAUUUUGGCUCUAUUUAUACCAUUUAGUGGCCAUUGCAUCGUUGUUCCGACGUGUUUUCACGAGGUAGAAAUUGUGCAACCUAUAUAAAUUUUUAAAGCAUGCAUUGAGAAGUUUACUGCUGGAAGGUUUAAGUCACAGAUGCUUUUCCAUAGUCAGAUUCGACGUGUGUAAUGCAAUUCAAGUUGAGGACAAUCAGUUCACAGUGUUUUUUAAGGAUACGUCAGGGCAAAUCAUAAUACUUCCCAAGCUAUUGCCUAAUUUUUGUAAGGAUACUGAGGUUGUGAAAUUGAGAGAAUCACCCUCAGGCAUUUGUCAUCUGUACAAUAACAAACGCAACUCAACAAACUUCACCAUGAUUUUUUUAAAAAGCAUAGAUCAGGAAAAUAAAUACUACCACAGUUAUCUUGAAAAGUUUAUUUUUCAGGAAACUGUUCAAUGUUAUGAACGUGGCAAACUUUUAGCCGAUAUUAGAAUGAUUUACAAAAAUUUUAUUGAAUCUUUACCAAUCAAAUUCUCUAAUUUAUUCACUGAAUUAUUCUGUCAAGAAAUACUAUGUCAAAAAACUUUACAAUUGAAUGAACAACAUGUCAAUGAAACCAUGGAUAUUUUGCAUAGGAUUAAAGCGAUUUCUGAAACAAACAAAACAUAUAAAAUGGAAGAAGAAGACAUUGCAAUUAAGCUUAAGGCUAAAUUAAGUGAAGCAUCAAUGAGAGAAUAUUUACUAAGUGAAUUUAAACAUUAUUAUACAAAUCAACGAAAACAUUCUAAAGACAGGUUGGAAAAUAUGAAAAACAACUACAAAUUAUGGAACAAUUCAUUGAAAGUACUUAAUUAUCAUGUUUACAAUCAAAUAUCAAAUAUUCCAAUGUUCAAUUUACCUAUUCUAUAUUUUAAAUUACAACAAAUUGUUGAAAUAUGGGGAUUUAUUGGUAUAUGGUUAAUAGAAUUAUUAAAACAAUAUGAUAUAACAAUAUUGAAUCAAAUGAAUAAAAUUAUAUGGAAUGAUUGGUAUAUACAAUUUGAAUCUAUAGAAAAUGAUCUUUAUAUUCAUAAUCAUGAAUGUAAAUUAUAUUUAGAAAAAUUAGAUUCUAUAUUAAAGAGUCUAGAUACAUAUUUUCAACAUAACAGAUUGAUGAAUACACAGAAUGGUUUAAAUGAUCUAUUAGACUUACUGUCAAAUUUAUUAAAAAUCAGCAAUGAAUGUCUAGAUUUAUUCAAUGGAGAGCGUGUAUUAAAUAUUGAAGAAAAACUUGUAACACUUGACCAUAUUCAAAAUUGUUUGUUUGAAAUGUUUUAUCAGUCGUCUCAUUGUGAUGAAUUAAUGCUUGAAGACUCUACAAAUUAUGAAAAAGAAAUAACUAUACAAUUACAAAAAGAGCUUACAAAUAUGAUCGUUAAUCGUCGAAUUCAAUUACAUGAUGGAAAUGGAAUUGUACAACUUUUAACUAAAAUUAUUAGAAAUAUUGAACAUUUUAUUCAAUUUAUUCAAUUCAAUACGGAAAAUUAUGUAAAUAAUGAAAAUUCAAAAAUCUAUUCAUCAUUAAGAUUAAAUAAUCAAAGUCAAAUUAGUAUGGAUGAAUUAGAAUUACACUAUAAAAAUCUUUGUCAACAAUAUAAUUAUUGGAUAGAAACUAUUAAUAAUAUACUUCAUUGUAAAUGUUCAAUAUAUGACAAUGAAUUACCAUUAAAACAAAUGAGUAGACCAUAUUCAAUCGAUGAAACAUGUACAGUUACAUUUGAUAAAUUAGGUUCACGAGUGAUUAAACAUUUAGAUCAAAAAAAUAUCUGUAUUUCUUAUGAUCACAAAACAAUUUUAUCCCGACUGAAUUCUUUCAAAUUAUAUGCAGAGAAAUGGAUUGAAUACUUGAAUAAAAUAGAAAAUUUUAAUGAUACACAAACAUUUAAAAAUGUGAAGGAUUAUUUAAAUGUUCAUUCAGGAUCUAGAAAAUUGUUAGGCGUAUACAAUCAAAGUAUUAUACGAUAUUUACAAUCAACUGAUGGAACUAUAAGAGAACAUUUAUUAGCUAAUAUAAUGGAUGGUCAAUCAGUUCAAAAUAAUAAUGAUGAUACAGAAUUGAUUGUUCAAUUAUCAAAUCAUAAUUUAAUGAAUAUAAAAUUAGCAUAUUUAACUUUAUUAAAACAAAAUGAAUUAUCACAAUUACUUAAUAAAAUUGAAAUGACAACAAUGGAAUUUGAUAAAGAAACAACAAUUAUAGAACAACAAUGGAAACAUUUAUGUAAUACUAUUGAUUGUUUACAAUAUCAAUUUGAUAUGAAACAAAAUGAAUUAAAAAGAUUAAAUGAUAUAUUACUAAUAAAAAUGGAAGUAUUAAAUGAAUAA